AUGUCAAGACUGUACGGGUACAGUACAUGGACUCGCGCACUUGAUGAGAGGCCCAAAUGGUCGGCAGGCAGAUACAUCGCACGCAUCUACACCUACAUAGUCUCGCACCGCUCCUACGCCUACAACAUCUUCGUACCCAUUCAGCAGGACGAUGUACUAGGCCAAAUUCCGAUAAACAUCAAGCAUCCGUUGCCGAGAUUAGGUAUCGAAGAUAGUGCAGAUAAGCCGAUUCAGACGAAUAGGUUCUAUGCAAAUGCGUUUCUGGGCAAGCAAGACCAGCCGAUAUGGCCCCAACCGUACUUUAUCUGGUGGGGAAGAGGUGGCUCAGAUCCGAAUCAGGUUCCGACAUGGGGUAUGAAUGUUGGGCAUGUAGAGAGCGAGGACCUGGAGCUUGGUCCUGGCGAUCCGCCAAAAUACUAUUCUGCGCCACGGAAGCAGCCAGUCAUCCUCGGUGCAAGGGAGCUUGAUGACAAGACUGUAAUGACGACAGACACGCAUCUUCCAUACUCAGUCAACAUAAAUCUAAGGAAUGCUUCGCCUCUAGUACAGACAGCCGGGAAGGGCUUCCAAGGUGACUUAGGCAACCCAGUUUUGAUUGGGAGAUCGACCAAAUAUCGAUUCAAAGAUUGCGACGGGCGCGACUGGCUCAUGUACAUCAACCCCGCGAGCGGUGUAGAGUAUGAUGGCACGAAGCUGACCAAGAUCGACGCCAAUACAAUCGUUUUCUCGUCGAAUUUCAAAGGCAUCAUCCAGAUAGCCAAGAACCCUUCCGGAACUGACGCAGAAGCUCUCUAUGACAAGACGUAUGGGACCUUUGCAGCCGAAGCCAAACUUCACGCUACUGUCAAUGAUUCUCGUGGUACUUACGGUUGGACCUAUAGGAAGUUAGGUAGGGGUCCUUUACUCAUGUUCCUCCUCCCACACCACCUCCAGUCCCUUGAUUCCGAAUUCAAGUCAAGCAUUACAAAACUUCAGCUGCAGACUACCACAAAGGGCACAGCAACAGCCGUUUGGAUACCGGCUGAUAGUGUCUCCUUCACCGAAACAAACUUGCCCACUACCAUGGGGUUCGCUCCCUGGACGCACAAUCUGACAACCGCACGUACCCGCUUUCCAUCAGACUUCCUCCUCUUCCUCUCCUCCGUCGCAGAGCUCGACCUCCGCCGCGCAAUGUCCGACCCUAUUACCGAGGACUCGUACUACUACGCCGGCAAGUCUCUUUCAAAAUUUGCAAACCUCCUCUGGGUGAUCAAAGAAAUCCUGAACAACCCUGAAUGGGUGGCCAAAGGGCUAGGAAAGCUCAAAGAAGACAUGGCGCGGUACAUCGAAAAUGUGGUAAAGUUUCCACUGUACUACGACGAUACGUGGAAGGGGCUUGUAAGUAAAGCGGGCCUUGAUGGUGAUCAAGGAAGCGAUUUUGGAAAUACAUUUUACAAUGAUCAUCAUUUUGAUUUUGGGUACCUCAUUCACACUGCAGCGGUUAUUGGGGCGUUGGAUCCGGGGUGGUUGGAGCAGGGGUCCAAUAAGAGGUUUAUCAAUAUGUUGGUCAAGGAUAUCGCAGAAAGCGAGUACGAAGGGAGAGACUUUCCUUUCCAGCGAUGCUUCGACUGGUACGCCGGCCACAGCUGGGCAAAAGGACUCUUCGAAAGUGCGGAUGGCAAAGACGAAGAGUCGACGAGCGAGGAUGGCUUCGCAAGCUACGCGAUCAAGAUGUGGGGAAAGGUCAUCGGAGACGCCGAUAUGGAGAAGAGAGGCAAUCUCAUGCUCGCCGUCCAAGCCCGCGCUUUCAACAGCUACUUCUACCUCACGUCUACGAACCCAAACCAGUCCUCCAGCUUCCUCCCGCACAAGAUCACCGGCAUUACUUUUGAGAACAAAAUUGACUACGCCACAUAUUUCGGCGACGCACCGCACCUCGUCCACGGAAAACACAUGCUGCCCCUCGCACCACCUAGUGCCUACCUCCGCCCCCGUGCCUUCAUCAAAGAGGAAUGGGACGCUCUCUUCGCGUUGCCGCCCCCGACCGCUGCUACUUCGCUGGCCCACGGCUCUUUCGCGAGCACGGCGCUGCACCCCUCACCACCUCCCAUUAUGUUCAGACCCAUUUUAUCACCCAAGCAAUCCGCAUGGAGCUCGAACGUAAAAGCAGACCCGCUCGCCGGAGGACCCUAUGUCGACGGCGGGUGGCGCGGGAUUCUAUUUUCGAAUCUGGCGCUCGCGGAUCCUAAAACUGCGUAUUCGUUCUUCAGGGACGGAGUGGGCGGUGUGUGGGAUGAGAGGUGGGUGGAUGGUGGGGCGACGAGGAGUUGGUGUUUGGUUUGGUGUGCGAGUUUGGGGGGUGUGGGGAUGAGGUAG